UCGCAACCCCCUGUAUCCAAAGUCGCGUUUAAACUCGACCAAAAUCGAAAAACAGGCGGGCUUAGCAUCCGUCAUUCCGUUCAUUGAAGGGAACGCCAUUGUGAUCCCUAACGACUCCACCGAGAAGCAAAAGUUAUCUGCCAUUUACGACCCCAUCGGCGUUUAUUCCACGUUUUUCGACAGCAGGCUCUGUUGCAACCAUGGCUCAAGAACAAGAAAUGCCCACUUUCAAAUGCGUCUUAGUCGGAGACGGAGGAACCGGGAAAACCACGUUCGUGAAACGCCACUUGACGGGCGAAUUCGAGAAGAAGUACGUCGCCACCUUGGGGGUGGAAGUGCACCCGCUGGUAUUUCAUACGAACAGAGGUGCCAUCAGGUUUAACGUGUGGGAUACGGCUGGCCAGGAGAAGUUCGGAGGGCUACGCGAUGGGUACUACAUUCAAGGACAGUGUGCGAUUAUUAUGUUUGAUGUCACUUCGAGAGUCACCUACAAGAACGUACCCAACUGGCACAGGGAUCUGGUUAGAGUGUGCGAGAAUAUCCCUAUCGUUUUGUGCGGAAAUAAAGUAGACAUCAAGGAUAGGAAAGUUAAAGCGAAGAGUAUUGUCUUUCACAGGAAGAAGAACCUUCAGUAUUAUGAUAUCUCAGCGAAAUCUAAUUACAAUUUCGAGAAGCCGUUCUUGUGGCUCGCGCGGAAAUUGAUCGGUGAUCCUAACUUAGAAUUCGUGGCCAUGCCUGCAUUGGUACCACCAGAGGUUACAAUGGACCCACAUUGGCAACAACAGAUUGAGAAAGAUCUCAAGGAAGCCCAAGAGACUGCACUUCCAGAAGAUGAUGAAGAACUUUAAUAAGUUAGAACUUUUUACCUUAUUUAAUUAUAUAUAAUUUAACUGAUGUUAUUACUAAGUUGUCUUGCUGAGAGCUUGAAUGUUUAAACUUUGACACACUCACUCAGCCUGUAAAUUAGACUAAAUAUUUUUUUAAUCUUCAGUAAUGUAAGCAGUCCUGUUACUUUAAGAAAUAAAUGUUUUUUCACA